CGAGUUGCGUUAACUGACUCAACCCGCGACGUUCCUCCUUGAUCCGGAACCUCCGCCGCCAUGACGCCAUGCCGGACUUUAACCUCCAGGAUCAACGCCUUGCCUUCUCCGUCUCGAUUGCUCCUCCGUGGCACUCGCGAUUUCGUCCCGAUGGGGGAAACGCGACUCAAAUCGACCUCCGGUGGCUUGGAUUUCCCGGCGAUUGCUAACUCGGCGGGGGAUUCUAGGGUUCAUGCGCCGCUUUCCUCGCGCGUGUCGUCUGCGGCGGUAACGUCGAAGUCUCCGAGCAGUGUGGAGGCUAUUGAAGAGGUGAUAGAGAAGGUAAUAUACCGAUGCAGGUUCAUGGCGUUUCUAGGAACACUAGGAUCCUUGGUCGGUUCGGUUAUAUGUUUCAUCAAAGGAUGCACUUACGUGGCGGAAUCAUUUGCCGAGUUUUUUGUGAACCGUGGGAAAAUAAUGAUGCUUCUGGUCGAGGCAAUAGAUAUUUACCUUUUAGGAACUGUGAUGCUGGUAUUUGGAAUGGGGCUCUACGAGCUAUUCAUCAGCAACCUCGACACAUCAAAGUUGCUUUCGGAUGAACGAGCUCCCAACAGAUCGAAUCUCUUUGGGCUAUUCACUCUAAAGGAGCGGCCGAGAUGGUUAGAUAUAAAAUCGGUGAGCGAGCUGAAGACGAAGCUUGGGCAUGUGAUAGUGAUGCUGCUGUUGAUAGGAUGGUUCGACAAGAGCAAGAAGGCUGUCAUAACCUCAGUCACGGAUCUGCUCUGCUUCUCCGCUUCUAUAUUCCUUUCCUCCCUUUGCUUGUUCUUGCUCUCUAGGCUCAAUGGCUCCGACUGAGUUCUCGAGUUCAUAUAUGUGCAUGUCAGUAUGUAUAUGUAUAUGUAUGUUUGAUGUAAUCAGAUCGAUGGUACAGCAAGGUGAGAAUCGAAACCUUUUUACCGUCUUCCUCGUCAAGGUACA